AUGGAUUUCUCUGGACAGACUAUCUUUAUUGGUGGUGGCUCGAAAGGGCUGGGCUAUGAGCUCGCUGCACUACUUAUCAACGCAAAUGCCGCGCAUAUAGUCCUUUUUGCGCGGGAUCAGAAAAAGCUCGACAUCGCAAGAAAUUCCCUGGAGAAGUUGACUAAGAAAGAUCAGUUGAUUCAGACACGAUCUGUCGACCUCUCAGAUCCAGAGCAGAUUUCUGAUGCCUUUCUUGCCUUUCCCGAGCCUGAUUCUCUAUUCUGUGUCGUAGGCGGCGCGACAGUCGAGCUAGGCUACCUGAUUGACAAAGACCCCGAGGAUAUUCGAUCAUGCAUGAAUACGAAUUACUUCACCGCCGCUUUCAUGGCUCAGGCCAUGCUACGGAUUUGGGUCAAUACAGAGCCGCUUCCGCAAAGAGACUCUGAUUGCAAGCCACGAAGCCGACAUAUAACAUUCACCUGCAGUGUUGCAGCAUUUGUUGGGGUCCCGGGAUAUAUUGCCUACACACCCACGAAAUGUGCGGUCCGUGGGGUUGCGGACACUCUCCGUCAAGAGGUCCUCCGUUACAACACCGCCGCCGUGAGCUACAAAGUCCACUGCGCUUUUCCAGCGAACUUUGUGACUUCUUCCUUCAUCGAAGAGCAGAAGUACAAGCCUGAGCUUACCAAGCGCAUAGAGGGUACGGAUAAACCUGUGUACGAGUUGAUAGAGAAGACGCCUUCACCCACUGAAGUGGCGCGACGGAUCUUGAAUGGUGUGGUUAGAGACGAGUAUGCUAUCUGGUAUUAUUUUGAGAGUUCUUUUCUGCUGAGUAACAUGCUUGGUCCAACCCCCAAGAGAGGCUUUGGAAUUGUGGACUCUUUGCUUAUGGCUCUGGCAUGGAUUGUUUGGCCCUUCGUUAGGAGACAGCAUGAUAAGUUAUGUCGAAAUGAUGGUAUAGCCAGUUGA